CCUGAAUGCACAUGUGGCGGCCCCAGGUGUAAGCGAUCAGGGGCGUACUAUGCAGCUAUGCAGCUAUGCAGUCCUGAAUUGAUCAACGCAUGCCACCGCUUGGGAAACAUUCCUCCACGACAAUUCUGGAACCUCUUCUUCCUUCGCGCUGUGCAUAGCCCGCCAGUCCGCGUCUGUGCUUGCUGAUCGUCGGAUGAGUCGACGACAAUCCUGAGACACUUGGCAGCCAGAGGGACUGGAGCCAGGCAUUGGUUUCAUCGCAUCUUCAGCGGUCGACCGCCUACCUAUCUGUUCUCUUGCUUCUUGCUCCUGUGCCUGUGUCCCGCGGACAAUGCUCGCGUGGUGUCUGUCAAGAUGGUUAGCACCCGCAGCAUGAGGCUGCUGAUUUUGGCGCUCCUGAUUACCGUUACAUUCUUAUACAUUGGCUGGGACCGGCCGCUUGUAUGGGGCGACGUUCCGGACUUUGUGACUGACCCGGCGCCCGGGGCCGGGGCCGGGGCCGUGGCGGACGGGAAGGCAAAUACGCCGCCGCCCAGCGGCGAUGCCCUGAGCCGACCCGGGUCCCCGGGGCUGAAUGACGAUGAGACGGAUGGGCCUGGGGACGGGAAAGAGGAAGAUGACUACGAUUACGAGCGCCCAACGAGCCCCGAGGACGUCCCGCCGCCGGCCUCGCCCAGCAACGAGAAGGUUGAAGGAGAGGCCUCAGCCACCCCGGUCAAGGCUGGGGGACAGGCUCCGAAACCGACGGUGGAAUGUCCCGUGAGCUUUGAGAGCUACAUGAGUAGCCAGCCAGGCCCCAAGUCAACGGGCAGACGCAAGUUUCCCCUGGUCCGCCCGCCUCCCGAGUGUCGAACUUUUGUGGUCCCGGAGCUCGACGAGUACAUCACCAAGAUGGAGUCCAAGAUCAAGGACCCGGAUCUGUAUAGGCUCUUCCAGAACAGCUUCCCGAACACGCUGGACACCAUGGUCAAGUGGCACGGGUAUGCCCAGGACAACGGCACUGAGACGACGGAGGAGCUCAGCUACAUCAUCACGGGCGAUAUCGACGCCAUGUGGUUGCGCGACAGCGCGAGCCAACUGUACUCGUACCUGCACUUCCUGUCACCAGAGAGCUCAUCAGUCGGCGGCAAACUCAACACGCUGAACUCACUCUGGCGGGGGCUGAUCAACUCACACUCGCGCUACAUCAUCAUAUCCCCCUACUGCCACUCGUUCCAGCCCCCACCCGAGUCCGGCAUCCCGCCCACGACCAACGGCGCGUACCACAACAACAACCCGCGCCCGGCCUACGACCCGGUCAAGGUCUUCGACUGCAAGUGGGAGCUCGACAGCCUCGCCUCUUUCCUCCAGGUCAGCUCGGGCUACUACGAGCGGACCAAAGACCUGGCCUUCUUCGCCCGGUACAACUGGAUCGAUGCCGUCAAGGCCUCUGUUGACGCCGCCGCCGCCAUGACGGUCGGCACCUAUGACGACGAGGGCCGCGUGCUCCCCUCGGCGUGGACCUUCACGGGCUGGACGAACAGGGGCUCCGAGACGCUGACCAACGACGGGCUCGGCAACCCGAGCAAGACGAACGGCAUGGUGCGGACGGCGUUCCGCCCCAGCGACGACGCGACCAUCUUCCAGUUCUUGGUACCUGCCAACAUGAUGUUUGCGACCUACCUGGAAGAGGCGUCCAUCAUCAUGGAGGCGCUCGCGGAGGGCGGCAAGGGCAGCAACGCACUCCCAGGGAUGGACGCCGACAAGACGGCGCGGGCCGCCAACGUGACGGCCGGGAUGCGCUCCCUGGCGGCGGGGAUCCGGCGCGGCAUCGACAAGGACGCGGUGGUCAAGCACCGCGACUUUGGCGACAUCUUCGCGUACGAGUGCGACGGCUUCGGCGGCGUCAACCUCAUGGACGACGCCAACGUCCCCAGCCUGCUGUCGAUGCCGCUCUUCGGCUACGCGCGGGGCCCGCCGGCGCGGCUGGCAAAGCUGCCCGAGGGCGAGCACGCGCCGCCGAGGCGGGACUACGCGGCCAUCUACCAGAACACCCGGCGCUUUGCCCUCUCGCUCGCGAACCCCUACUACGCCAAGGGGCCCGAGAUCUCCGCCGUGGGCGGGCCGCACCUCGGCCCCGGCAGGGCGUGGCCCAUGGCGGCCCUGGUGGCGGGCAUGACCGCCUUUGACGAGGAGACGGGGCUCGCGGGGCCCAAGGGGAAGGGCGGCGUGGAGGACGAGGUCGCCGAGCAGCUGGGCAUGGUGCUGAACUCGACCUCGGGCAUGGGCGUCGUCCACGAGAGCGUCAACUCGUGGAAUGGGAAUGCGUUCACGCGGGCUUGGUUCGGCUGGGCGAACGGCCUGAUGGGCGAGUUGAUAAUCAGGAUCGAGGAGUGGGAGAUGAAGGCUAAUAAGUUGAGCGGCGCCGGGUUGCUGGGUAGAAGCUGGCAGUGAGUUGGACAUGAAUUGCGGUAAAGAGCACAUAUAGCCAGGGCUGUAGGAGCCCUUGGGAGGUAAUUGGCAUAUCACAUCAAUUUGAAAUCAAAAAUUCUGAGAA